AUGAUUAAAGGACGUCAGGGCAUUGAUGCAGAAAUGGAAGAUAUCGAAAACCGAUUGACAGCAACCAGAGAAAGACAGCGCGUAUUAAAAUCAAAACAUCAUAAACACAGACCAGCUAGAGAACAAAGACAGUUGGAAGAAUUAGAAGACCAAGAGAGAAUUUUAGCAAGACGAUUAAGAGCUAUUCAACAAGAUAAAUCUAGCCUUAUUCAAAAGAUUCUAUUAUUUCUUCGACCUUUUGAGUUGUGUAGUGUGGACAAGAUUGCAUUUUCAUUGUGUGGUAGUCAAUGUGGAUAUGUGAUUAAUCACCCUAAUUUAUUCAAUCCAAUUAAUUAUAUCUUUGUCAAACUGUCCAAGGUUUUCUUGCUUGAUUACGUGUUUAUGGUAAGCCUCAUUCUGUAUUUCUUUCUAGCCACGAUGACUGGCAUUAUUGAGAUUGGAAUUCGGUUUCUUUGGAUCACACUCUACCGUAUCAAGAAGGGUUCAACAGCACCUCAGGGAUUACUUGUCUCAGCUGUCUUGUUGACGCUGAGUUUACUUGCAUUAAACUAUACCAUGACAACCACCGUUGCCCCUGGAUACGCACAUUUUGGUAGCCAAGUCUAUUGUAAUCAUACCACACUGACCGGACAGCGUGACUGUACAGAACACAAUGAAUUCAUUGUUCAUUGUAAUGUGUACGGACCAACU